UGAUGCUGAAAGAUUGCACAAAGUUGAUUGAGGUUGAUCAAUCUAUUGCUGAGAUAAAGACUCUUGUUGUUUUAAACCUUAAAGGUUACAAAAAUCUAAGAAAACUUCCAAGGACAAUUGGUUCGUUAGAAUAUUUGGAAGAACUUAUUUUAUCUGGUUGCUCAACAUUUAAUGAUGCACCUAGGGAUUUGCAGAAUAUGAAAUCAUUGAGGGUGCUUAACUUAGAUGGAACUCCUAUCUAUGAAUCCAAUUCCUGGUUGUCUUGGUUAUCACUAAAAAGAAGCAAAGAGUUGGGUUUCUUUUGGGCAUCUUUGCCAUGUUCUUUGGUAAAGUUGAGUCUUGAAAGUUGCAGACUAUCUAAUGAUGUUAUGGCUGUUGAUUUGAGUUACUUACCUUCCUUGAAAUCAUUAAAUUUAAGUAGAAACCCAAUUCCUAGCCUUCCUGAGAGCAUUAUCCACCUUACAAACCUUGAUGAACUUCUGCUGAUUUGUUGCAAAGAGCUCCAAUGGCUUCCAAAGCUUCCAACGAGUGGCUUGCGUGUGAUAACGUCUCAAUCAUUGUAUAGGAUUUCAUGUCUGCCAUGCUUACUAAAUUUGAAAAGGUGUAUUGUCUUUGGUUGUGAAAAGCUAACUGAGGUUGAAGGUGUGUUCAAGUCGGAACCAGUUGAAAACUUUGAAGUGGAAAAGAUCAAAAGCUUAUUCAAUAUGGACUUGAUCAGAAGCAUUAAGUUGAAAAUUUAUAACUAUCUUACGGACACAAAAAUGGUGGCUACCACCCAGAUAUUUCAUGAUGGCGACAUAACUAGCUGCUUUGUCUUCGGAAAUGAGGUUCCAAUCUUAUUUGAGUCUCGCUCUAAAGGGUCUAAAAUUUCUUUUUCUUUGCCACAAAAUCCUGGUGAAAAAGUUUGUUGGUUAAAACUAUGCAUAGUAUAUUCUCUUGUUAGUGAUGAGAUAUUUGAAUAUCUAGCAUCGGUGCAAAUUGUUAAUGAGACCAAGAAGUUGACGUGGUCUUAUUUCUCAAGUUUCAUUGGAAUUCCUAAAACCAAUAGUAACACAAUCUUAUGGCUAAUCCAUUGGCCAAUAAUGGAUUAUCAGUUGGAACAUGGUGAUUUAGUGAGCUGCAAAUUAUCAACUUCUGGUUUCAAUGUAAGAGAAUUUGGUGUUACUUGUGUAUCAAAAACCAAGGUUAUGUAUGAAGAUGAUACUCCACAAUACUCUCAAGAAAAUGAAGAUAUUUGGAGAGAGAUUGAGUUGAAAGUUAAUGAAGAAUUACUCAAAUUGGGCUCAAGUGGAAAUAUCAAAGUGCAAAUUUACAAUGAUUUAGAGGAAUAAAAAAUGAUUGCUUCCCCUAAGGUGUUAUAUGAUUGUGGGAUAAUUAGCAUGUAUGAUAUAUAUGACCUUCCAAAGGGUCGGUACGACUAUCAUGCUGUCGGAAACAAGGUUUCAUUUGUAGUGGCCCGAAGCCUUGGUCAACAUAUUGUCUAUCUAAACUUGGGGGCCAUUCUUUUUAAGGAAGACAAUAAAAUAUUUGAUUUUUUAUCACGUAUUGAGAUUGUCAACAAGACCAAAGAUACUAAAUAGAUCUAUUAUAAAAAUUUCAUCGGAAUUCCUAACGCCAAGAACAAUAUUUUUUGGUUUAGUUCUUGGAGAUUUAUGGGUGAAUUGGAAGAAGGUGAUCAAGUGAGUUGUACAGUAUUUUCUGAUUUAUAUGUAAAAGAAUUUGUCAUUGAUCUCGUAUAUGAACUUGAUGACGACCUUCAGCAUAAAUGCAACUCUGCUGGUCAACAUUUGCAAGGUAAUACUAUAUAUUCUUGUUGGCUUUUUCCU